AUGGAAGACCACUUGGAUGAGCUUUUUAUUUACAAAACAACAGGACAGAGUAUGAACAGACUGAGAGCAGAGAUAAAGAAAUUAUUAAAGAAGAACUAUCGUGUGGAGUAUGAAGAUUCAUCUUCUGGGUCUUCGUUCAUGGUUAUUAUAAAAGGACCAGAAAAUACUCCAUUUUCCCAUGGAAAAUACAAGAUACGAAUAUUCCUACCGAAGGAUUUUCCGUUCAAAUCACCAUCCAUAGGAUUUGUGACAAAAGUAUUCCAUCCUAAUAUUGAUGAGAGUAGUGGGAGUGUGUGCUUGGAUGUUUUGAACCAAGUUUGGUCACCUCUGUAUGAUGUUUCGAAUAUAAUUGAGACAUUUUUACCGCAAUUACUUGCAUAUCCAAAUCCAGAUGAUCCACUGAAUAUUGAAGCAGGAAGAUUAUACCGCGAAAAUAUUGUAGCAUACGAAAGGAAAGUGAGUGAGUAUGUGGACCAGUACGCCAGAGGAGAAGACUCUUUGGAUGCAGAUUUAUUUGAGGAAAUUAUGUAA